AUGUCUUUGUGCUGGUACAGAAACGUAUGUUGUGCUGUUGUGUUGUAAAAUCAGAACCACAGCGUUCCGAGAUUCCGAGGAGACAUUAAACGCAGCACUUGCAUUGUGUUGUGUUCACUGUGUGACCCAUUUGUCUCCAGAGGAAACGUAAAUCCCCGCAGAUAAAACUUUAACAGCACUAUGCAACGGUGUAUUGAAAUGUUGGACUUCUCCAGGUACCAACACUAAAAGCGAAGGAAUAGCAGAUAUCCAGCUCCUCUGCUACAGCACGACAAGCGCCAAAUGCUAACCUACCUAGCUACGCUAUUAGCAUCUUAGCAGCUGCUCCGUCCACUUGCAGGCAUCACUGUGCAGUCCGCUCAGACUAUAUACAGUCUGUGGUACCACAGAGCGGCAACAUGACCUCAGCCUCCACUAAAGUUGGGGAGAUCUUCUCUGCUGCUGGAGCUGCCUUCACCAAACUAGGAGAGCUCACCAUGCAGCUUCACCCAGUAGCAGACGCCAGCCCUGCAGGUUCCCAUCCUCCCUCCAGUGGUCAGACGAAGAGCACAGUGAAGAGGAAACUGUAUGAAGACGGAGCUCUGCCCAACCCCUCUGACGGGCCAAAGAAGGUCGUCAAGAAAACCAUCGCUACUGUCGCCAUGGCAACGCAGGGCACUCCAACCGUCAUCUCCGUGCCCACAGCUCAGGUUGUGGUGGCGUCAGGACUACAGGGUUCCCCCUCCAGCCAGCCCACCCUGAAAAAACAGAAGACUGCAGACGUGACCCUCAGUGCUCUUAACGACUCAGAUGUCAACAGCGAUCUCGUGGACAUCGAGGGACUGGGUGAAGGAUCCAACUCCAAAAAACUCAACAACUUUGAUCAAGAUAACUUGAACCUGGACUCGAGCCUCAUCAUGAAUCCCGGUGACCUUCCUCUGCUCUCUCGUUGACCUGUCACUUCGUUUGGACUUGAAAAGAUGGAAAUUUUGAACAAAAAAAAGGACCCAAAUGGAUAAAAACUUAAAACCAGGAGAUGCUGACGUACCACAUUAGAGUAAAUAUAGUAGUAUUCAGUAUUGUGUUGUGUCACGCAGGACUCGUUUUCAAUUCAACACAUCCCACCUCUUGGAGACGCCGGACGAGGCGGACAAAAUUUUUCCAAAUUUGGCCCCUCACCCCCCCCAACCCUUAUCUCCGAAACCAACACAGGUAAUUUUAAACAAGCUGGUGACCAUUAGCACGGUAGUGACAAAGAGGGAGUCUGUAACAACAGUGUUGUAGCUGCAAUCAUCUUUUUUUUCCCUCAAAGCACAUGUCAAGUGAGUUAUUUCAAAACAAAAAGAAAAAAAUGCAAGAAAAU